AUGACCUCGGCCGAGCUCCUUCUCGUGGCCAAAUCGCGAGCCAAGGCCGGCCAGACCGCGCUGCCUUCGAGCAGAGGCGGCGCACCUUGGCUGGGCGCCUGGUCGGCCGCGGCCCUCGACUGGGCUGCCGCCUCGAAACGCCCGUUGAGAGGCCUCCUGCUGUGCCUCGGAGGGGCAGCCGCAGCCAAGCCAGUGCGCCAGCCUCCGCCGAGCGAAAGCGCGAGCGAGCGAGCCAGGUUGGGUCAAGCCAGCCAGCUGCUCGCCCUCACCACCUUCCUCUUCACCAUCAAGACUAUCCAAAAUGACGAAGAAGAGACGAUCCGGCGGUCCGCGACUUGUGGUACCCAUACUUCCACCCAGCACAGCGACAUGAUGGUCUCUUGGAUUUCCUCAGAGCGUUUGGCCAAACACGAUGACAGGCCCAGCGGCAUGCAACCGGCACUCCAAGGCGUUCCUGUCGGCUAUCUGCGAGCCCUAUGGAUGCCCGCGCGACAACACGCGGGCGAUUCGAAACGUGGCUCUAAAGCUCCCUUUCAUCCAGCCCAGGAUGCCUGCCGGAUGAUCGACGGCACACGACAGACCUGCGACGACCUUUUACCAACAGCAGACCUUCUCUUUCAUCCUGAAUGGCUCGAGCUGGAUCGACCUCCGCGCUCCGACGACGAUGCGCAUGCACCACACCGACACAUGCACCGUGCGAUUGCGACUGUGAUGGCUUCUUCGUACCCAUUGGACCUGGUGACAGACCUGCUCACACGCGCCAUUCCCUUUGCUUUGAUCUACAGCCGCAACAAGUCCGGCCGAGGCCACGUUACGUUUGUGCGAUGCUCGAACUGUGCUCGCGCCGUCCCCAAGGACAAGGCGAUCAAGCGCUUCACUGUGCGCAACAUUGUCGAGGCUGCUGCCAUCCGUGAUCUGUCGGAGGCGUCGGUGUACCAGGAGUACGCUCUGCCCAAGCUGUACAUCAAGGUGGUCUACUGCGUCUCGUGCGCGAUCCACGCCCACAUUGUGCGUGUGCGCUCGCGCGAGGGUCGCCGCAACCGUCUGCCCCCUCCCCGUGUCCGCUACAACAAGGACGGAAAGAAGAUCAACCCCGCCGUCGCCCAGAUCCAGGCCCAGCGCGCUUAA